AUGACUCCCACCAACCUUACCGUCUUUCAGCCUGCAUUUUUUGUCCUACUUGGCAUCCCCGGGCUAGAGGCUUAUCACAUUUGGCUGUCAAUCCCUCUCUGCCUCAUGUACAUCAUUGCAGUCCUGGGAAACAGCCUCCUGCUGGUGGUCAUCAUCACCGAACGGAACCUCCAUGAACCCAUGUACUUCUUCCUCUCCAUGCUGGCCACGACGGAUAUCUUGCUGUCCACCACCACUGUGCCCAAGGCCCUAGGCAUCUUCUGGCUGCACGCUCGUGAAAUUGCUUUUGAUGCCUGUGUCACUCAAGUCUUCUUUGUCCAUGUGAUGUUUGUCGGGGAGUCAGCCGUCUUGUUGGCCAUGGCUUUUGACCGCUUCGUGGCUAUCUGCUCCCCGCUGAGAUACACAGCAGUGCUAACGUGGUCCGUUGUAAGAAGGAUUGCUCUGGCCAUUGUAACCCGAAGCUUCUGCAUCAUCUUCCCGGUGAUCUUCUUGCUGAAGAGGCUGCCCUUCUGCCGGACCAAUGUUGUUCCUCAUUCCUACUGUGAGCAUAUUGGAGUAGCCCGCUUAGCUUGUGCUGACAUCACUGCCAACAUCUGGUACGGCUUUUCAGUGCCCAUUGUCAUGGUCAUCUGGGAUGUGAUUCUCAUUAGUGUGUCAUACACACUGAUCCUCCGGGCGGUAUUUCGUUUGCCUUCCCAGGAGGCUCGGCACAAAGCCCUCAGCACUUGCGGCUCCCACCUCUGUGUCAUCCUCAUGUUUUAUGUUCCAUCUUUCUUCACCUUAUUGACUCAUCGCUUUGGACGUAACAUUCCUCGACAUGUGCAUAUUGUGCUGGCCAAUCUUUACGUGGUGAUGCCACCAAUGCUCAAUCCUAUUGUCUAUGGUGUGAAGACUAAGCAGAUCCGGGAGGGGAUAGCACACCGGCUCUUCGACAUCAAAGCUCGGUGCAGUGCCUUUCCUCUUGGCUGA